AUGCGUUCGUUCAACUUAAUGUCUUUUACUCUGGCAAGCAGCCUUGCGGUUGCCUCUGCUUCCUCUCUUUUACAUCAGCAGCGUGAUGUUUCCCCUGACAACACUUGCGGAAACACUGGUGCUGGAACAGCUGGAUACACAUGCCCGACUGGCAAUUGUUGCUCCCAAUACGGAUACUGUGGUACUUCGUCGGACUACUGUAGCAGCAGCAACGGCUGCCAAAGCGGCUUCGGAACUUGCACAGAGUCACCCGAUGAUAAUGAUAAUGGAUCUGGCACUGUCUCUCCGGAUUUGACGUGCGGAACGACAGGAGCCGGGACUGCUGGUUACGUUUGCCCUACAGGCCUGUGCUGCUCUGGAUAUGGGUAUUGUGGUAACAGUACGGACUAUUGCCUUGCUAGCAAUGGGUGCCAGGACUUGUUCGGCGACUGUACCGACGACGGUGGGGAUGAUGCUGGAGACAGCGACUCCGGUAGAUGCGGUCCCAGCUUCAAUGGAGCUGUGUGUGCUUCCAAUGAAUGUUGCUCUGCUGAAGGAUAUUGCGGAACGACAACGGAACAUUGUCAAGCACCCGACUGUCUUUUCAACUAUGGUCCAGCUUGUGACGCCAACAAGACUCCUUCUGGCACGAACACUACGACUCUGACCCGAUCCAAGCUUUCAAGCGUGGCAUACGGCGGUGCGGGAAUUUAUAGCUGUGUCGACGAAGGAGUGGUUGCCAUCACCUACGAUGACGGCCCAAGUGGUUACACAAAUGACCUGCUCGAUCUGCUUGCAAAAUACAAUGCAAAGGCCACCUUCUUCAUCACUGGUAACAACAACGGCAAGGGCGAGAUCGACAACACAAGCCUCGCGUGGCCCACGGUCAUCAAGCGCCAACACAGCGACGGUCACCAGAUUGCCUCGCACACUUGGUCUCACGCCGACCUGAGCAACAUCACGUCUGCGCAGCGCAAGAACGAGAUGGUCAAGAACGAGAUGGCUCUCCGCAACAUCUUGGGCUUCAUCCCUACUUACAUGCGACCCCCUUACUCGUCUUGCACGGCCGAGAGUGGAUGCCAGUCUGACUUGGCCGACCUAGGCUACCACAUCAUCUACUUUGAUCUAGACACGCAGGACUACCUCCACACCACCCCUGACCUCAUCCAGACGUCCAAGGACAUCGUUGACGACUUCUUCGAGGGCAAGGAUGCGGGCACCUUCGAUGCCCUCUCCAUUGCGCACGACAUCCACUACCAGACCGUUUACAACCUGACUGAGUACAUGCUCAAGGAGAUCACGAGCCAGGGCUACAGGGGCGUCACCGUCGGCGAGUGUCUUGGCGACCCAGUCGAGAACUGGUACAUCGCCGACAGCAGCGCCAGCACCGCAAGCCCCGUCGUAGGGUCAAGCUCUGCUUCAGCCGUUGCGUCCAGCGCCACCUCUGCCGCCGUCACAACUGGCGUCACCAGCGCCGGCUCGACCUUGACCAGCGUCACGAGGGCGGCCAGCAGCACGACUGCUCUUCCCUCGACGACCAAGCCAACUUCUCCUUCCACCACUUCUACUGCCAGCACUCCAACCACCACUGCGGGCAACCCAUCUUCAGGAUGGUUAGGCAACUUCUGGGACUGGUGGAAAAAUCUCUUUGGUGGUCGCAGACCCUGA